AUGGACCCAUGUAAGCGAUAUCGCAGGUGCGAAUUCAUCGGAAGUGGUUCAUACAAAAUUGUGUACCGCGCAUAUGAUCAAGAAGAAGGUAUUGAAGUCGCCUGGAACGAAAUUCGUCUUGACAAGUUUAACGAAGUCGAAAGUAAUCAAAUUAAGCAAGAAAUUUCAAUUUUACAUCAGUUAGAUCACCCAUCCAUCCUCAAAAUUUUCUCAGCUUGGAGAGAUUUAUCAAGAAAUUCAAUGAUUUUCAUCACAGAAUUCUUUUCGAAUGGUACAAUCAGAGCAUACGUUUCGGAUGUCGUUAAGGCACCAAAGAGAUCCGUUAUUAGCAAAUGGUGCAAACAGAUUUUAGAAGGCCUUAAUUAUAUCCACACUCAUGAUCCACCUGUUAUCCACAGAGAUCUUAAGUGUGAUAACUUGUUCAUUGAUGCAAGUGAAGGCAUUGUUAAAAUUGGUGAUUUUGGCCUUUCUAAGAUUACAGAAACAGGCCAAGCUGCUUCAUGCAUGGGUACACCAGCAUAUACAGCGCCAGAGGUUUACCUUGGUAAUUACACAACAAAAGCCGAUAUUUGGUCUUUCGGUUUAUGCGUUCUUGAAAUGAUGACAGGAGAAACUCCUUAUUCAGAAUGCGUCGGUAUCGGAGCUAUCUACUUAAAAGUUAGCGGCGGAUAUAUGCCAGCUUCUCUUGCAAAAGUUUCCGACCCUGUUAUCGCUGAUUUUAUUACUAUGUGCCUUCUUCCACAAGAAGACCGCCCAUCAGCUGCAGAUCUCUUAGAACAUAACUUAAUUCUCGAAUUCGAGCAACCAGAAAUGGAAGCUAAAGAAAAUGAAUUCGAUUACGUACAAAAUCCUGACUUCUUGGCACUUAUAGCUCGCCAGGAAGAGGAGCUUACCGAAGUGAAGGCUAGAAUGAGAGAAGCUCGUCGCAAUCUUCGCGCAAAAAUCAGACAACGCAAACAGACUUUCGAGUUCUAA